AUUGGAAGUACGAAAAAACAGGAUGACGGCGUUGUUACGGCAGCAAGGAUAUGAGGAGGAGAGGCUGCAGAGAGCCGCAGAGCUUCUGCCCUGCAGAGAGGUCCAGGCGGGAGUGCUGCUGUCGCUAAUGGGACAACCGCAGCAGUACAGCUACCCUUCAAUCUUCAUCUACGGUCAUCGGGCUUCAGGGAAGAGUCAUGUGAUGCAAGUUUUGCUGAAGGAACUUGAGCUGCCUCACGCUACAGUCAGCUGUGUCGAAUGUGUUUCCGCCACGUUGCUGUUUGAACAAGUGCUGCUGUCCUUCUUUGGCUGCGAGGCUGCCUCACUGCUCCCCCGCAGUCCCUCCCUGUCUGACUUUGUACGCAUCUACAGGCAGCAGUGCUCCCAGUCUCCUGCCAAGCAGACGCGAUACAUUGUAAUGGAAAAAGCAGAGCUUUUGAGAGACACUGAUGCCAAUCUCCUCCCUGCUCUCCUGCGUCUUCAGGAACUGGUUGAGGACAACAUUACUGUCAUCCUGCUCAGUGAAAUCGCCUGGGACAAGUUCAGACCGAACACGGGCUGUUUCGAGCCGCUUCUGCUCCAUUUCCCCGACUACAGUAAAGGUGAGCUGCAGCAGAUCUUGUCCCAGGACAGGCAUCCGUCAUAUUCAGCUGAGUUUUACUCAUCAUACAUCAACAUCCUGCUGGGAGUCUUUUACUCGGUCUGUCGGGACCUCAGAGAGCUUCGGCACCUGGCUGCCCUCAAUUUUUCAAAGUUCUGUGAGCCUUUGGCAGAAGGAAAAGUGAAAGAGACUGACACACACAAGCUGUGGAGGAACAUAGAGCCUCAUUUGAAAAAAGCCAUGCAGACAGUUUAUCUCCGAGAAGUGUCCAGUGUUCAGUGGGAGCAGAUGCAGCAAAUGGAGGAGAAGGAAACUGGAGCCUUGAGAGGUUUAUCUGCUCACACUCACGUUGAACUGCCUUAUUACUCCAAGUUCCUGUUGAUUGCUGCCUACCUGGCAUCCUACAACCCUGCACGCACAGACAAACGCUUUUUCGUCAAGCACCACGGUAAAAUAAGAAAAACAAACUUCUUGAAGAAAAAUGAAAAGACUAGUAACCACCUUCUGGGGCCCAAGCCUUUCCCUCUAGACCGCCUUCUCGCCAUUUUCUACAGCGUGGUGGACAGCAGAGUCGCCCCCACUGCCAGUAUAUUCUCUCAGAUCUCCUCUCUGGUGACCUUACAGCUGUUGACUCAGGUCAGUCAUGACGACCAGCUCGAUGCCCCAAAGUACAAAUGUGCUGUUUCCAUGGACUUCAUCUGCGCCAUAUCCAGGACGGUGAACUUUGACAUUGUCAAGUAUCUGUACGACUUCCUGUGAGCCUGCAGUGAGUGAAGGAGAGACGACACCCUGUGACAGUAAGACAAAGGGGGAUUUCUCACCACAAGAACACACCUCAGGACAAGCAUUUGGCAAAAUAUGUGGCGGGAGAAUUAAUCCAAUUAUGUCACUGCCCCCUUGUGGUUGAUAAAUGAGCUUUAUCCUGUAGAGUUUCUGUGCCUCCAACCAUGUUAAAUA